CAUCUCAGCGCUUAGCUGUUGCCUGCGAGGUUCAACACUGCCGGCGACAGCGACCAAGGCUGCGCCUCAACAUUCAACGAGCAGCGACGUGCAAAUUAUUUGCUCGCUCGACUGAAUCAAGCUUAUCGUCCCAUUAUUUCAUUCAUAGUAGUACUUUUCAGCUGUGGCUCUCAUUCCCUUCCGCUAAGGCAACACUCUUUUCUUGAUUCCAGUCGUUCCAGUCAUUUUCAUUUUAACCAACAUCGUACCAUUCAACCAUGUCCCAGUAUCGCCCCGAUGUCCUGCGAAAACGACAGACGCUGGGUGGUCUCUCCGGAUCCGUGAUAGUCACUGACACUUCGCCCACCGCAACUGCUCUCGUUCAAAACACCACACCGAUACCUGGUUCGGGUUCCCAGACGGGCAUUCAACUUGCCUCCUCGACGCCGUCCGCAUCACCGACUUCGUCGUCAGUUGCACCUGCUGUGACUACCUCCUCACCCACUUCCUCUUCCGGAAAUGACAUACCAUUAAGUACUGUCAUCGGCGCCUGCGUCGGCGCAUUCAUCCUCCUCGUACUGGUAAUCUCUUUAGCUAUCCACUGUUCAAGACGACAAAAGCCGCAGCCCCGCAAUGCUGACAACUUGUACCGCCGGCGCUUUCACUUACAACAUUGGGAUCGCCUAAAUGAUGACAAGGAGGGCCAACAGAAUGGGUCGCACAGGCCUCCAUCCGGGCCGAUGGAAAAGUUGGGCGCAAUGUUCCAUCGUACACCCAGCACAACCUCUGGAGAAAAGUCCUCUGAUAGCCAUGGAAACCGCGAGUCUAUAGGCACGAUGCAGCACUUUGCCAAGUAUCAUCCUGGCUUGGCUGAGGAAAUGGCAUCAAAAUCUGCAGGUUUAGGUCACGUGGUUGUCACUAAACCUCCGCCUGUGCAGCGGUUUAUGAGCCGCACUCAAGCUGAUGGUGUGCCAACCAUUUCGUGGGACGGCGAUACUGUUGGUGGGGGCUCGCUCUUCUCCGUGCAGUCGCGUCUAUCUGGUACCAUGUCACCUACGGUGACUAUGGUCAAGUUCACGCCACCUGCAACUGUGUCUGGGUCACAUCGCUGGGAGAGUGCAGAGGUUGGCCAUAUUGAUGUACAUGGUUCAGAGACGUCAGAAGCAGGCGAUUCACGCAAUCCUUUCGCGGAUGCGGCUUCCGUCAAGAGUGGCAUUAGCCGACGCGUCACUAACCCAUUCUUCAAUGCGCAGGAGAAACCCCAAAAGCGCACACUCUUUGCCAACACCACACCCGAAUCCAAUCCCUUUGCUGACUCGAAUACUCCCACUUCGAAACCUUUCCUUGAAGUUGAAGCUCGCUCAACCAGCUCCAACAAUUCCCACGCUAUGCAAAGUCUCAUCGCUGCACUGGACAUGUCAGCUGGGCCACGUCUACCCGUGUCAUCCAUGCGAUCAUCAAAUUACUCACAUAGCUCAACAAUCAUGUCUUGUGAUGAAGUUGAUGCUGUGAGCGUGACAGCCUUCCCAUAUCCCCCAACGCAAGUUCCGCUCAGAUGAUCCACUUCCAAAACAACACGCUUCGCUUUCCAUUAAUAUGUGCAAACUUCAUUUCGCAUCAAUACAUACUGCCAUCUUGAUACAUUAUUUCAUAUUUGUAUCUCGCGCAUCCCACCUUCAUAUUUUUUUCAUGGGGGCGCUUUACGGUCCGGUAUCGACGUGUACCCCUCCCACUUUGUCACUCCUUGAUCUUUUGCAUGGGAGCAGCUUGUUUUGCGCUUUCCCUGUUACGUUACAUCUUGUCCAUCACUACUUGCUAUCCAAAUUGUUCUGAGGUAGACUUGUUAUAUUUGUUAUAUUUAUUGUUGCUAGCUUCACCAUCUGCGCCUCCUCGCAGGAACCUUCAAUGAAAAAUGAAUAGGGUAGACUUGUAAAAUGUGAGCGCUGUCACUUGUGCGAAGCCUUCAA